ACAGGAAGUGGGCUCUCUUUUUUCAAAAUCCUUGAUUCAGAAGCAAGUCAGGAAGAUGCUGAAGUUGAGUGGCUGUGGGGUGAAGCUCUUGGUCGGCUUGCCCACAUCUCUGAGAGGUUUUGCAGCCUCCACGUCAGUGAAGUCCUACGAUGUCCGAAGAGUCGAGAUAACUCCUCUGGAGCAAAGGAAGCUCACUUUUGACACGCAUGGGCUUGUGCGAGACCUUGAGGCACACGGUUUUGCAAAAGAGCAAGCCGAAACCAUCGUUUCAGCCAUAACAGCUUUGUCAACUGUCAGUCUGGACACAGUCUACAAGGAUAUGGUCACCCAAGCCCAGCAGGAAAUCACCUUGCAGCAGCUCAUGGCUCAUUUGGACUCCAUUCGGAAAGACAUGGUCAUUCUUGAGAAGAGCGAGUUUGCCAACUUGAGAGCAGAGAAUGAGAAAAUGAAAAUUGAGUUGGAUCAAGUGAAACAACAGCUUAUGAAUGAAAUCAAUCAGAUCCGAGCGGAAAACAAGCUGGACAUUAACUUGGAGAGAAGCCGGGUGACAGACACGUUCACAGACCAAGAGAGAAAACUCAUGGAAGCCACAACGGAGUUCCAUAAAAAAGAUUCAAGCACCAACAGCUCUGUGUCCGAAGUCAGCAACAAAAUAGAUACCGAAAUUGCUGCCCUGAAAACCCUCAUGGAAUCAAAUAAACUGGACACUAUCCGUUAUUUGGCAGCCUCGGUUUUCACGUGCCUUGCCAUUGCUCUGGGGUUUUAUCGAUUCUGGAAAUGAAGAGACAGCCUAAAAGGAAGAAGGACCAAACCAGACAGACUGCUGAAUUCAAACUGUUUUGGAUAAUGCCUUCAAGCAGAUUCUUCCAGAGCCUUUCUGUCGGUCUUGAUCUUGAACCUAGAGCAGGUGGAUGUUAUCAGUGGACAUUUUGGUCUCAUGUGCGCUGGAGGCCAACAUAUCUACGGACCAUUUGGAAAGGAAAUAAUUUAGCCAUUGGGAAAGAAACGAAGAAACAACUAGAAUGCUGUGGCCAUCCUCAUCAUUGUGUAAACACAUCUAGUUUGAUCCAACUUUUGUCCACUUCCAUCAUUUUCCUCCGUGCCACAUGUUUCUAGUUUGAUCCCCAACUCUUCAUUGAUUGAAACUAUUCAGCGGUGAGAGUGGCUGAUGACCUUGGAGAAAAUGUGGUUUCUCUUCCCAAAGUGAAUUUGACGUUCUCGCUGUAUGGAUGGAAACCCCCAAAUGGAUUAUGUUCUGUAGAAAUUCUUUUGAAAGUGUCACAUAAUAAUGUAUUUUAAAAAUUUCUAUAAAGCACAUAAAGGUGCCUUAAACCAUUGAUUACUGGGAA